CGGGGAGGGCCUGUAGAGGAAACAGAUAUUUUUAGAAUAACACCCUGCGUGCCGGGAGGCGUCUUUCACAUUUCACAGGAACAAUGACACACAUGUGUCUUUAAAAAAGAUCUUCAGGUGCAUCCAGAGGAAGAUGAAACCUGUCAGAUAAGUUCUCUCGGUUGUUGAAUGAUGGCGAGUUCAGCUGUCCAACCUGCUGCUGUUUCUCACAGAUGUGAUAGUUAUGGCUGUCAGAUGUGAUCAUAUAAGUUUUUUGAGAAACGGGAAAGAGCGACGCUGCGGCUGAAGCGCUUUUUCCAGAUGGAACCAGAGCUGAGGUUGGAGUCAAGUUUGUGGGUCGGGAAUAAAAGAUACCGGGCGGUCCUGACUGGCUGGCAUUUCAACUGGACCGAGGUAGAUAAGAAGAAUCGUGAGAAGAAAACAAUUUCAGUACCUGUGGCAGAGGUGGUUGGAGUAGAGGAGGGACGGAUUGACGUACUGCCACGGAAGUCAGUUGAGGACACAGACAAAGACUUCACAGUUUUCUACGUGAAACGCUGCAGCAGUGGCAGCUCUUAUGGGUUACUAUGGAGACUGGGGCAGACCCAGUUCAGCUGCCCCAGUCGGGUUCUCAGGGACCAGUGGACAAAACACCUAAGGACCGCUCUCAAAACUCACAGUCCGUUGCGGCCGCACAGACUGUUGGUGUUUAUCAACCCAUUUGGAGGGAAAAAGAAAGGAAGACAGACCUACCACUCUCUGGUUGCCCCUCUGUUUGAGCUGGCUGGUAUCAGCUCUCAUGUAAUAGUGACUGAGAGAGCAAACCAGGCCAGAGACCACCUCCUAAAGAAAGACCUGACAGGCUUUGAUGGUGUGGUGUGUGUGGGUGGGGAUGGCAUGUUCAGCGAAAUACUUCACGGUUUGAUUGGGCGGACACAACAAGAGGCAGGCCUUUGUGAGAAUGAUCCGGCUGUCACUUUACAGCCUUGUCCGCUUCAUAUUGGCAUCAUCCCUGCAGGCUCUACAGAUUGUGUGUGUUACGCCACAGUGGGAGUGAUCGACCCUGUAACUUCAGCUUUGCACAUUAUCAUUGGAGACUCUCAGCCUUUGGAUGUGGGUUCAGUCCAUCAAGCCUCUGCUCUGGUGCACUACUCAGUGUCUCUGUUGGGCUAUGGCUUCUAUGGAGAUGUACUAGCUGAGAGCGAAAAACACCGGUGGAUGGGACCUUUACGAUAUGACUAUUCAGGCACAAAGGUGUACCUGAGCAACAGAAGCUAUGCAGGCAUAGUUCAGUAUCUACCAGCAGACCCGGUGCUCUCCAGCCCAAGAGAUAGAACACGCUGCCUCUCAGGGUGCAGUGUGUGCUCCCGAAGCACAGAAAGACUUUUCCACCACUCUUCAGAUUCAGCAUCCUUGCACAGCUCCCAUUACAGCCAGUUCAGCAAUGACUCAGAGGGUGAGUGGGUGACUGUGGAGGGCAGGUUCAAGUGUGUGUCUCUCACUUGUAUGUCCAGCUCAUGUCCCAAGAGUCCACUGGGCCUUUCUCCCUCUGCUCACUUGGCAGAUGGAACAGGCGACCUCAUUCUGGUAUGGGACACUCACCCACUGGGAUUCCUCAAAUUUCUCUACAGACAUACAAGCACACAGGACCAGUUUGACCUGCCGUUUGUGGAGGUCCACCGCGUAAAGGCAGUCCGUUUUUCCCUCCCUUCUGGCAAAGAAGUGGAAGCAUAUGAAGAGACUGGAGCCAUGAGUGGUGGGAUAGAUGAGGAGAGAAUCUACGUUGAGACUGUAAGCAGGAAUGGAUCUCAGCAGCAGCUGACAGAGAGAGGCACAGAAGGAGAAGUGACAAAUGAGCAGAAGACAGCAGAUCUCUUCCUGUGUGGACUGUGCUGCAGCAAAGCUCCUGCUGUGUCAGUGUGGAACUGUGACGGAGAGAUCCUGCCUUUCACUGAGAUCCUCUGCAGGAUUCAUGGCCAGUUGGUUCGUCUGUAUGCCAGGGGCAUCGAGGACGGAGCAGUCGUGGACAACUGUAGUGAGGAAAAUGACUUAAAUGUUUGAAAGGACAUCCUACACAACAAUUCUCACCUAAGUGUUGGAGGGAAAAGUGACAAUAGGAAUGUUUGUAAGGCAAGGAUAAUGUGUACAUUUUGAGACAACAGCCAGCCAAACUUGCAGUCUGUUAUGGCCAAAGUGUUCCUAAUAUUUCAGGUAAUUUUACAUUGAAAUAAUUAUAAAAUAACUAUUUAUUCUUAAAUGAGUGUUUGUUGAAUACUGCUCUUUAAAACACUAUCAAAAACUUGAUACAUCUGUAGUGCAGGUUUAUUUUUAUAUGCAGUUGUGCGCAUUGUAUUUAUUUUCACUUGAGCUUCUGGAGAAUGAAAUCAUGUGGAAUGACAACAGAAGUUUCAAGAGAGAAAAAAGGUGCAAUAAAAGACUGUUCUGACUCCA